GUAGCCAAACUGCGGUGGUGGUGUGUUUCAGUCUGGCUCUGCCGGAGAGUUUGUGUUUGUGCGUUUGGCGCUGGCAGGUGUGUUCGGAAGAAAGCCGUUAAAUUUGGUGAAAAUUACAUAAACAAAUUUGGGAAGUUUAAGACCAUACUGAUCAGAAAUAAUGUUGAAUUCAGUGAAAAGUUGUGAAUAUUAUGCUGGAUGAAUAAUAAGCUAGAAAUAUAAAAUUAUGAUAAUAUUAACACAUAAGUUGUUCAAAUAAGAUAAUUGUGAAUUAAACGCAAAAUUGUGCAGAAAAAUUAAAAGUGAGUGGUUCUCAAAAUGUGUAAAUGUCUUAAUGAUUCGUACUCGAAAUCAAAUAUUAAAACAUUAAGGAUAUAACAACCGUUGGUCACUUUGGCUCGAUAGAGUGAGCAGAUAAAAAGGAAUCCGUUUAAGACUCCAUCAUCUGUUACCCUGAGCAAAUCCAAACCAGUAACAACCGGGACAAAAAAGAUCCCGAAGAAAAUAAUAGAAACGCGUGGGUGCACACAGUAAUGCCGCGAUACCAGAGAAAUCGAUUAACCAUUAUUUGAUUGGCAGCGCACACGAGUGUGACACGUGGUGGAAGGAGGCAAACCACCACCGAUCCCCUUUCUCGUUCCUUCCCCACGUGGAAGCUUCCGCCGCCACUACUCCCGGUUUUGACAUUGCACAAGACUCAUGGACCACAACAACCGCUGGAAACAAGAAGAAGAGGAGCGAAAAAUGUGAUUGUGUAAAAUAACGUUUUUCCCGGUUGUUCCUGUUGCGCGCCGACAACCGUCGGCGGAAGGCCCCCCGGAGGCGGUUCCUCUUCCAAGUGCGUGCGUGUGUUUGUGUCACGUCGUUGUUGUGGUUGGUAAUUGGCGUGCCAUUGCUUCAUCACCGCGUCGCGCAGCGACAAGCCACCCGGAAGAAGAAGAAGACCAAGUGUUCAGGGUGGGAAAGUGAGGUUAGGUUACGGGGGAAGAAUGUCUGUAUGUGAGAGUGCGCCACAAUAUUUAUAGAGUAAUCUGAGCCACCCUAAGGGGUUAAGGGAGGGACCCCCUCCUUGAAAACGAGUGAAGAAGAAGAAGAAGUGUUCAGUGUUGCGUGCUCGGUACAAAUCCCGCCAGAGAUGCUGUUGACAGCGGCGUCAGUGUGGCGUUGAUAGUAGCGCUUCCCCCCUCCAACUCGUGUAGCCGGAAUCAUUAUCGACACCAUUAACGCAGUGUUUGUCAUUAGAGGGCCGCGGGAAGCCGCGCCGGAACAGAAACCGGGAAGAAGAAGAGGAAGUAGUGAGCGUGUGUGUGUGUGUUUAAUUGAUUCCGUACGGGCGAUCAAUCAUGGUGGUGGCGAUUACGAUGACAUCGCCGAAGGUCGGCGGGACGACAAGUUUACUGUCGGCCACGACGGCCAGCAGUGUUGGAAGUAGCACGAUGGCCGGAACCAUGUUUGACAUCGAAAUGCUGAACGCUACGCUGAGUGGGGUAGGGGAGGGAGUUAGUGACGGAGAGUGGAACAGUACGAGCCAGGCGUUGGUGGCUUACGACGAGUACGACGUAAUGCGGUCAAACGAUACGGUUCGGAUAGUGUUUAGUCUGCUGUACUCGAGCAUCUUCAUACUGGGGAUCUUCGGAAAUGUGCUGGUUUGCUACGUGGUCUUCCGGAAUAAGGCCAUGCAGUCCGUCACGAACUUGUUCAUCACGAAUCUCGCCCUGUCCGACAUUCUGUUGUGCGUGCUGGCGGUUCCCUUCACCCCAUCGUACACCUUCAUCGGACGGUGGAUCUUUGGCAAGCUUAUCUGUCACACGGUUCCGCUCGCACAAGGUUGCAGCGUCUACAUAUCAACGCUGACCCUAACCUCAAUCGCGAUAGAUAGGUUCUUCGUAAUAAUCUACCCAUUCCACCCGCGGAUGAAACUGUCUACCUGCAUCACCAUCAUCGUCCUCAUCUGGAUCUUCUCGAUGCUGGUCACGCUGCCGUACGGCCUGUACAUGCGACACCACGACGACAACAACGGAACACUCCCUAACACAACCCUACCCGCCAACCGAACAUUCUACUGUGAGGAACUCUGGCCCUCCGAAGACAUGCGCAAGGUCUUCUCCAUCGUGACCUCCAUCCUGCAGUUUGUGCUUCCCUUCCUCAUCAUGGCGUUCUGCUAUGUGUGCGUCUCAAUCCGACUCAACGACCGAGCCCGCACCAAACCCGGUUCCAAAACAACCCGCCGCGAAGAAGCCGAACGGGACCGCAAGAAGCGCACCAACCGCAUGUUAAUCGCCAUGGUCGCCAUCUUCGGCAUCUCGUGGCUCCCCCUGAACCUCGUCAACAUGGGCAACGACUUCUACUCCGACAUCAACGAGUGGCCCUUCUACAACCUGCUCUUCUUCAUCGCCCACCUCACCGCCAUGAGCUCGACCUGCUACAACCCCUUCCUGUACGCGUGGCUCAACGAAAACUUCCGCAAAGAGUUCAAACAGGUCCUGCCCUGCUUCGACCCGUCCCGCGGACGCAGCACCGUCAGCACCCGCCGGUCCGAGCACCGGACCUGCAACGGCAACAACGACACUGUCCAGGAAACCCUCAUCCCAACCUCACAAAUCCUCUCAGCCGCAGCCAUCUCAACCCGAUCCCCGAACAACACCACCACAACCACAACCACCACCACCAGCGAUUCCACCACCAAACAAUCCGUCGACUCAAUCCUGCUCUCAGAAAUCGGACCACCCUCGUUCCUCUCCGCAAACCCACCCCUGCUCCCCUCGAUCCAGAGCCAAGAAACCAUCGUACUCCCGUCCGGCGUUCUGGAAACGCCCUUCGAAGUUCAACUACCGCCACCGGCAACGACAGCCAACGUUGCCAACGGGAGUAGCAACGGCAGCAGCACCGUGGGGAACGGUGGACUGCAGCAGCAGCAGCAGCAGCAGCAGCAGAGGAGUCCGAAUCCGAAGCUGCAGUCGCUGAUACUGAUCAACGAUGGAACGUGCGGGGACACCAAGGUGCCGGAGAUACUCUAGACGGAGGUUUAGAGUGAGGUUCGGCGGGAGUGAACGGGAGAGAUUCGUGGGUGUGUGUAAUUU